AGGGCGGGCUAUUACCAAAUGACAGCCAAUGGGCAUGCCCCGUUUGCAAUAACGUUGCCUAGAAUUAGUCGCAUCCGGGUGAGGCACUUACGAGGUCCCUCGCCUUUCUUCAUUUCAAGACAAUGUGCGGCUCGUUGCGAGUGAUAUUGCAGGUGCUGUGGGCCCAGCUCCUCCUGUGCGGCUUGUCGCUGGGCUCUGAGCUUACGUUCGAGCUGCCCGACAAUGCCAAGCAGUGCUUCUACGAAGACAUCACAACUGGAACCAAGUGCACUCUGGAAUUCCAGGUGGUAACAGGCGGCCAUUAUGAUGUGGACUGCCGCCUGGAAGAUCCAGAUGGCACAACGCUCUACAAGGAGAUGAAGAAGCAGUAUGAUAGCUUCACCUUCACUGCGGCCAAGGAUGGCACGUACAAAUUCUGUUUCAGCAAUGAGUUCUCCACAUUCACGCACAAGACGGUCUACUUCGACUUCCAGGUCGGGGAUGAUCCACCGCUCUUCCCCAAUGAGAACAGGGCCACUGCCCUCACCCAUCUGGAGUCAGCCUGUGUGUCAAUCCACGAGGCCCUCAAGUCAGUCAUUGACUACCAGACACACUUCCGCUUGCGUGAGGCGCAAGGACGUAGCCGCGCCGAGGACCUGAACACACGUGUGGCCUUCUGGUCCAUUGGUGAAGCCCUGGUCCUACUAGUGGUCAGCAUCAGCCAGGUGGUCCUGCUCCGGAGCUUCUUCUCCGACAAGAAGACCACCACCACCCGUGUUGGGUCAUAACACUGUGUUGUCUGUAACACAAACACACGCGGCUUGUUUUCAUAGAGCGGAAUAGAACAGCAGAAAGAUUUGCGUCAUAUCACACAUUUUUUUCAGCUGCUGUUGAAACUCACUGUAUGCAAAUAAGUCCUAUACAUAGAUUUGAUUGGUGGUUAAAGCAAAUGAUUGUGCUUUUAAAAAUCUACUGAAUACAGGUGGCAAAAACAAGCCCCUUCAGUAUUUGUAAUCAUUUGUUUUUUUGUUUUGUUCUUUUAAUGUUGUCUUCUUUGUUUGAUUGUUUUUUUGGUGUGUUUUUUUUUUCCGCCAUUUUCACUUAAACUGCUAGGAAUUUAUGAAAUAAAGGAAAAACAGGAUUCAGGAGAUGUUAGCAGCAUGAGCACUCUAUAGUGUUUCACCCAAAAAUGUUCUCAUAAAAAAAAUUUUUUUUUUAAAGUGAUAACCUGUAAAUAUACGUGCAACAAAAGGAAGAAGGCAUAUGAGUUGUAUUGAAGUUUGCAACAUAGUCACAUGUGAUUUGAGCAUUUCUGUAACAAUUUAUAUUUCGGUAUGUUGCAGUUAAGUGGCCUUUUGGCUGUUCCUGAUUAGCUUACAAUUCUACCAAAACAAAAUGUUUUACAAACUACUUUAUAUUCAUGUCUUAAAACCUACGAUUACGCAUAUAGUUAGUUCUCUGUAUUGUAAUGUGGCCCCUUUGGGAAACCUUUCAAUAUACAUGAACUCGGAACCUACCUUCUUAAUGUCAGUGCUACAACACUGCAUGUGUGCGCUGAGACUUUUUUUUUUUUU